UUCGAUUCGUCGUGCCUGCAGGGCGCCGCCAUGGACCCCACGGGCCUGGGGAACAUGCCCUGCUCGUACGGGGACCUGACGUCGUGCAGUCAAAUGUCGCAGGCGGCCUACAGGUACACGGCGGCCGCCGCCUCCAUGGCCAGGACGUACAAUCCCGCGGCGGCGGCCGCGGGGCCCAUGGGGGUACACCAUCCGGGCGCCGGGGGGUCGCAAUGCGCCGUCAUGGGGUCCAGGUCGCACGUGCAGGACGUCCACAGGGCCGCGAUGUUCCCCUCUUCGAUGAACCUGCAAAGCGGAUUGCCGUAUAAAGUCUACCCCGGCCACGAUGGCGUGCUAACGGAGAAACGAAAACAACGAAGAAUUAGAACCACCUUCACAUCGGCUCAAUUGAAAGAGCUGGAGAGGGCUUUCCAGGAAACGCACUAUCCAGACAUCUACACCAGGGAGGAAAUCGCCAUGAAAAUUGAUCUCACAGAGGCGCGAGUUCAGGUUUGGUUUCAAAACAGGCGAGCGAAAUUUCGAAAGCAAGAACGUCUCGCCCAACAGAAAUCCACCAAUUUAAAUUCGGACAGUCCCAAUCCUUCGACGAACAUCAAGGCCGAGAACAACGGUUCGUCGAAGAACAGCAGCAAGGAUAACGUGAAGCCUGGAUCGCCGCAUUCGAGCAUAUCGACGACGCCGAAUUCGAAUACCAGCAGCAUAUCCAGCCUGCAUUCGAACAACGGCGACAUCAAGCCCUCUAACGGCAGUUCCGGCAAAUCCGAGGAGUCGAUAUCGAACAACAACAAAUGGCACUCGAUGAGCCCGCAGGCCUGCAACACGGCCUUGCUGGUGCAGCAGGCCAACAAGGUGCUGUCGCAGCCGAACCAUCUGCAGUCGCAUCAUGGUUCUCACGCGGCCGCCGCCGCCGCCGCGGCGCUCUCCUCGCCCUUUACGUCCCUCCUGGGGGCGACGGGAGGGGCGGCUUCUUACCUGCUAGGCGAUCAUUUGAAGCCUACGGCGGCCAAUCACUUGUUCUAAGGACGAUAUUAUCGAUUUAUUAUCGACGAUUAUUAUCGAUUCUUUAAGAGAAACGCGGCGUAUAAUUCGAUACCUCUAAUAACAUACAGUACGGUUUCUUUUGAGGGAUGAGAUUUCUAAAGCGAAAUUGAUGGUUUAUUUAAAGAUCGUCGGCGUACAUUUUUAAUGAAACGAUAAUAGUUUGAUUUUGCGUGGUUUUAAGUGAGAAUUUGUAACAAACCUAGUGUAUAAAAAUCCGUCUGUGUUGUUGAAAGAAACGUGUUAUACGAAACAUUAUACGAAUAUAAAAAAAGUUUUAUGAGAGAGCCUAGUUAAUUUUUUAUGUUUUAUUUAUGUUGCAAUUUCAUACAAUUUUUGUGAUUUACAGAUGCCAGAAUGUGCUUUAUUUUCGCAUGUUUUUUAAUUUUUAUAUUAAUUGCAAUAUAGGCCUCAUAAUCUUGCUAA